AAUGGCAGGCGGCGAAGGGUGACGCUCAGGAUAUGGCGGCCGAAGUCGCCCAGCCCGGGGACGUGUCGGGCUGCCGGCUAGCCCCGGUCGGUGCCCGGGGAGCGGAGCAAGUGCCUCAUUAGUGUUCGCACCCACCAGGCGGCACAGCAGGCCCUCGGGGAGAGCGAGCGUCGCGGCCAUGGCUUAUCACUCGGGCUACGGAGCCCACGGAGCUACCUCCAAACCUGCAGGCUCCAAGCACAGGGUCCGGACAGCCCCAGACGCCCCGGCCCUCUUCGACGACACGAGUGGCGGUUACUCCAGCCAGCCCGGGGGCUACGCGGCCUCAGGGGCCGACGUGGCCUUCAGCGUCAACCACCUGCUCGGCGACCCCAUGGCCAACGUGGCCAUGGCCUACGGCAGCUCCAUCGCAUCGCAGGGAAAGGACAUGGUGCACAAGGAGCUGCACCGUUUUGUGUCCAUGAGCAAACUCAAGUAUUUUUUCGCGGUGGACACUGCCUAUGUGGCCAAGAAGCUAGGGCUGCUGGUCUUCCCCUACACGCACCAGAACUGGGAGCCGCAGUACAGCCGUGAUGUGCCUCUGCCCCCGCGGCAAGACCUCAACGCCCCUGACCUCUACAUUCCGGCCAUGGCCUUCAUCACCUACGUCCUGCUGGCCGGGAUGGCGCUGGGCAUUCAGCAAAGGUUCUCCCCCGAGGUGCUGGGCCUGUGUGCCAGCACCGCGCUCGUGUGGGUGGUCAUGGAGGUGCUGGCCCUGCUCCUGGGCCUCUACCUGGCCACGGUGCACAGCGAGCUGAGCACCUUCCACCUGCUGGCCUACAGCGGCUACAAAUACGUGGGGAUGAUCCUCAGUGUGCUCACAGGGCUGCUCUUCGGCAGCGAUGGCUACUACGUGGCGCUGGCCUGGACUUCAUGUGCGCUCAUGUACUUCACUGUGCGCUCCUUGCGGACAGCAGCCCUGGGCCCCGACAGUGUGGGGGCCCCAGCGCCCCGGCAGCGCCUCCAGCUCUACCUGACCCUGGGAGCCGCCGCCUUCCAGCCCCUCAUCAUAUACUGGCUGACCUCCCACCUGGUGCGGUGACCCCGGCCCCACAUGGCACUGAUUUUUUCCGAACAUUGAAAACGUGGUUUCCUUGA